AUGAGAUUCAAAUGUCUUGGGCUGCUCUUAGUAGUAUAUCAGGCAUAUGGAAGAAUUCCCUUUGAACAGAUAAUGGUGGCUCAGGAUGAAGUUAUACUAGAUGCAGCGCGAGGGAGCUUAUCUAUAAAUCCAGAAGGGCCGCUGUCUCUGCUAAGAGGAUACAUAUAUAACAAGACUAGACUUAUGUAUAACAAGAGGUUUUUUUCUGCAGGAAUCAAAACAGAGUAUAAGCUAGCACCCCAAGAAAAAACUAAAAAAACAGUGGGGCAAAUACGAAGAUAUAACUUCACACGAACCCCAAAAAAUGACAAGUCGUAUUUACCAGAGAGUGCCACAAACAAGUAUCAGUCAUACAUUAGUGAGUACAACAGAAGGCUGAUUCUUAUGUUUCCUUCUGUAAGCGGGGAGUUAUCAAUUGAGUCGGGAAAGCAGGACUCGUUUAUUGAGUUUCUUCGGUCUGAAAGGGUAAAAGAGAAUGCUAGCUACAUUCUGGCAGCACUACUUCUUCUUUCAGAAAAUGUAGAUGUACCUCUGACAAUUGAGGGGAAAGGAAAAAGUGUAAAGGAAAAAAAGCUUGUGCUAAGAAAAUUUAAUGGCGCAGGUGAGUACUUCAACAUUGAAAUGAAAACACCAGGGAGUAAUGCCUGGAUGGGUGAGAAUAGUAGUGUUGUGCACAAUGAGUCUAGAGAUAUUAUAUUGUUUUUUAUAAAAAACAGAAGGCAGACUUUUUUGGAAAGUAAAAAAAUACUUGAAGAGCCUAAGACACUAGAAGAGUUUAAUCGUGGAUUUUUUCUAAACACACCAAGAUUUUUAAUUCAAACGUACAUAUUUGAGUUUAUAGAUAAGUUAGAGGACGCGCUGGAAUUUACAAAUGCAGUACAUGCUAUGCUAUGCGAUGCACUUCAGCAAGAAAGCCAGAGAGAAAAUGCAGAAAACCCCCAACUAGAUGAAGAUAUGUUUAGGAGAUUCUUUAUACCGGCAACUACGAAUAAACACCUAAGCUCAGUAGGCAUAAUAAAAAGCGUGCAGAAGAUCAUGGAGAUCUCUCUUGACUUUCCAUUCACAGACGAUGUGCAGCCUCCAAAGUACAUUCGAAUGAAAAGCUAUAUACGUAAAUUAGACAAAUUUGAUCCAACCUACAUGCAAAAGUAUAGUAACUGUGUUGAGACAGCGAUACUAAGCAUUUUUUGCUCUCUUAUAUAUAACCCAGAAAUAAAAAAGUAUGAAACAGACCAUAUAGAAGGUGCAUCGAAAGACUUCAAAGAAUUUUUUAGAAAGCACAGCAAGCCUUUUAAGGAGAUGACGUAUGAAAUGCACAUGCACUGGAGCAAAGUUGUGUCGGACCUGCCAUGCAGUAAAAUAGUAUAUCUUAAAAAUGGAAAUGAGCUUGAUACAGGUAUUUUGAACAUGAUGAAAGUGAUAUCUGUAGUGGUUGGGCAGGAUCAGGAGAGUAUAGAUACGCUUGAUGAGCUUACUGAGUGUGUCGAAAAAGGAAGGAAUUUGGGCCAUGGGUUUGACACUAAUAUAAAAAAUUACAUUAGAAAGACUUUUGAGUCUUUGGCCAGAAAUAGGCAGUUAAGUAUACAGUUUACCGAACUUAAAAGAGAGUCCGCUGAAAAUGGGAACAAGGAACUUUUCGGAUCUAUUAACCUGAAAUAUAUAAAAAACAAGAUGGAAAGUCAGUUUAAUAUAGAAAUGUUAAAAGGACAUGCAAGGACAAGUAUUAUUACAAACAGCCGUGCUAUAGAGACUGCUAGACUAGAGCAGCUUAUUAAUAUUAGAAACAAGUUUUUCAUCAAAGAGGACGGAUUUUUAGACUUUUUGGCCAAUCACUAUCUUAACUAUAAGAUACAGAGUAUAGAAAGAAAAAUGUCUUCUAUAAAAGCCAUGUCUGAGGAGGUUAAUCAAAUAAUGAAGGGUGGCUUCAAAGAUAUAGACAGAAUAUUAUUAUAUUGGCAGUUGGAAGCCAAUGAGUAUAAAUUUAAUCUGGUGCUGUGUUUUCUACUAGCAUUGAUGGAUGAGAAGCUAACAACAAAACACCCAGCUGUGCGAUUUACUUCUAACAUAAUAGGAAGUGCUCCUCUGGAUAAUAAUUGCGUGCACAAGGAUAUGCUGGCCAGCUUAGUGUACAUAGAUGCAUACACAGAGUGCUACCCAAAUCUAGAUCUUCCACCUGAAAGAUAUGCGGAGAUUACAGUGUAUACAAGUAGAAGUUUCACGGUAUUUAAGUGGAUUCUGCUUAACAAAAAGUCUCCAAAGUACUUUAUUAAAGCGCUAAUAGUAUUUAUAACAUCUAAAUACGGAGAAAUGGCUCCAUAUAACCCAUUGAAGUUUGAGGGUCUAUCCAAGCAGAUAUUUAGAUGUUUAUUUAUAGAAAAUACGACAGAGUAUGCAGAUGAAGUGGUAGAACUAGUGAAGAAAAGCAAGUUUAUGGGCUCAUAUGAUAUAAAUAUUCUAAGACAUUCGUGGUUUGCGUAUGCGUGUGAAGAAAAAGAAGAUUUGCCAGAGCUUAUUUACAGUAUAUACGAUUCACUGGAGAUAACAGAUCAUUAUAGCGAUUUAGGAUCUAUCCAAAUAACAGAUAAUUAUAAGAAGACAAACUCUGUUCUUAGAAGAAUGAAAAAAGAUCUAAAAAGUAGAGAAGGUGGAAAGGCAAAGUGGAAAGGCAUUAUUAAUUUCUUUAAUAGAAGGGAAUCUAAGAUAAAAAGACUAUUUAGACUAAAUAUAAAAAUGUUUUGUUGCUAA